AUGACUUAUGACGACUUGAGGAUCCACAACUACUACACAUGCAACACCAAUUACACCUGCAACACCUAUAACAACUAUAACACCUGCAUCAUCAUAAAAACACAAAACACCCGCAACACAUUUAACACCAAAAAAACAUACAAUACCUAUACACAUUUAGCACCUGCAAUACAUGUAACUCCGACAAAUCUUACAAUACCUGCAACACAAAUAGCACCCGCAACACCUAUAGCACAUGCAACACCUAUAGCACCUGCAACACAUAUAGCACCUGCAACACCUAUAGCACAUGCAACACCUAUAGCACCUGCAACACCUAUAGCACCUGCAACACCUAUAGCACCUGCAACACCUAUAGCACCUGCAACACCUAUAGCACCUGCAACAACUAUAGCACCUGCUACACGUAUAGCACCUGCAACACAUAUAGCACCUGCAACACGUAUAGCACCUACAACACAUAUAGCACCUAAAACACUUAUAGCACCUGCAACACAUAUAGCACAUGCAACACAUAAAGCACCUGCAACACCUAUAGCACCUACAACACCUAUAGCACCUGCAACACAUAUAGCACCUGCAACACCCAUAGCACCUGCAACACAUAUAGCACCUGCAACACCUAUAGCACCUACAACACCUAUAGCACCUGCAACACCCAUAGCACCUGCAACACCUAUAGAACCUGCAACACAUAUAGCACCUGCAGCACCUAUAGCACCUGCAACACAUAUAGCAACUGCAACACCUAUAGCACCUGCAACACAUAAAGCACCUGCAACACCUAUAUCACCUGCAACACCUAUAGCACCUGCAACACAUAUAGCACCUGCAACACAUAUAGCACCUGCAACACAUAUAGCACCUGCAACACAUAUAGCACUUGCAACACAUAUAGCACCUGCAACACAUAAAGCACCUGCAACACCUAUAGCACCUGCAACACGUAUAGCACCUGCAACACAUAUAGCACCUGCAACACCUAUGGCACCUGCAACACAUAUGGCACCUGCAACACAUAUAGCACCUGCAACACAUAUAGCACCUGCAACACAUAUAGCACCUGCAACACAUAUAGCACCUGCAACACGUAUAGAACCUGCAACACAUAUAGCACCUGCAACACAUAUAGCACCUGCAACACAUAUAGCACCUGUAACACAUAUAGCACCUGCAACACAUAUAACACCUACAACACAUAUAGCAUCUGCAACACAUAUAGCACCUACAAAACAUAUAGCACCUGCAACACAUAUAGCACCUACAAAACAUACAACACCUACAAAACCUACAAAACAUACAACACCUACAACACCUACAAAACAUACAACACCUGUAAUACCUACAAAACAUACAACACCUACAACACCUACAAAACAUACAACACCUACAACACCUCCAAAACAUACAACACCUACAACACCUACAAAACAUACAACACCUACAACACCUACAAAACAUACAACACCUACAACACCUACAAAACAUACAACACCUAUAACACCUACAAAACAUACAACACCUGUAAUACCUACAAAACAUACAACACCUACAACACCUCCAAAACAUACAACACCUACAACACCUACAAAACAUACAACACCUACAACACCUACAAAACAUACAACACCUACAACACCUACAAAACAUACAACACCUAUAACACCUACAAAACAUACAACACCUGUAAUACCUACAAAACAUACAACACCUACAACACCUCCAAAACAUACAACACCUACAACACCUCCAAAACAUACAACACCUACAACACCUACAAAACAUACAACACCUACAACACCUACAAAACAUACAACACCUACAACACCUACAAAACAUACAACACCUACAACACCUACAAAACAUACAACACCUACAAAACAUACAACACCUACAACACCUACAAAACAUACAACACCUACAACACCUACAAAACAUACAACACCUGCAACACCUACAAAACAGAGAUGUGGGAACUGA